UCUGAGAAAUAAAAAAUACUAACAAAGAGAGUCCGUAAGCUAUAUAUAUAUUUUCGUCUUCGAACGCGCUGGGGCGAUUGUAGAAAACCAAUAAAGCUACGACGCGCGUCGUAGGUGGUCAUCAGUAAUCAGUGGUCCACAGUGGUCAUCCUAUCGUGACGUUGUCUCGAUAUACGUGUCCCUUUUUGUGGUACAAAGUACGACGUUGCUUUACUACGACAGUAGAGUGUAACUACGUUUUCGGCAACGAACCGCGUGGAAUUCCUAUUUUCGGCAAAAUGCUGCGAACUGCGUCGAUAUUCGUGCUUCUUGCCAUCUCGGGAAUCAUUGCACAAGAUUGCGAAGACAAAGGCGCGCAAUGUUCCACGACGCCGGCGUCGGAGUUCAAUCAAGACACCAACUGGCAGUCGGCUACCUCGGUUUACGAUUUCCACGCGAACGAUAUCUUGGGCAAGGAUGUCUCAUUGGACAAAUAUCGUGGCCAUGUCCUCAUCAUUGUUAACGUUGCCAGCAACUGCGGUUUAACGGACACCAAUUACAAGCAGCUCCAGGAGUUGUAUAAUAAAUACAGCGAGAAGGAAGGCUUGCGAAUUCUUGCGUUUCCUUCUAAUCAGUUUGCUGGCCAGGAACCGGGCACUUCUCAGGAGAUACUGAACUUCGUGAAGCAGUACAAUGUUACUUUUGACAUGUUCGAGAAAAUUGACGUAAACGGAGAGAAUGCCCAUCCGCUGUGGAAGUGGAUGAAGACCCAGAAAGAGGGUCUCAUUACCAACGCUAUUAAAUGGAAUUUUACCAAAUUUAUUGUAGACAAGGAGGGCAAAGUAGUUGAGAGAUUCGCUCCGUCUACUGAACCGUUAAGCAUGGAAGAAACUUUGAAGAAAUACUUUUAAGUUUUUACGCUUGCUCCCCUUUUCUCGGUAUCUUUUCCUUUGUAUCUACAUAUUUCCAAUAACUCCUUUUUUUAUUUAGUAUAUAACUAUAUAGUUAUACAUGCAUAAUUAAAUGUAAUGCUAACAAUGUA